CCAAAUUGAAGAGCUGAAGGUAAAGCUCUAUCACCUUCACCUAAGGCUCUCGGUUUCUAUCCCUGCCGGACAUGCUAACUACCGACACAUCCGUAUCACUGGAGCGUCGCAGCUCUCAGCGUAUAAGUCCAUGAUAGAUGCUGUCCUUACAGGGGAGGUGGUCACGCGGGAUGGAAAACCACUAUGGGAUAAUGAUAUCGCCUGUUUUUACGGGUCUCAUAUAUUUACCGAAAAUCCGGUACCAGGAGCCCAAAUCUUUGUUGAACGUUGGCAAAGGCGCAUCAUCGUGUACGGUCCUGAUGAGGAGAGAGCAAGGGCCAAAAGACGUGUCAUGCGCAAAUUCGACGAUGCAAAGAGAAGCAUAUUCAUUCAUUCCUUCCCGAGACACCAACUACGGUACUAUAGCAUGGCUGUAGAGGGAUCCCUCAGACCAGAGUGUGAUGCAAGAAGUGUAUGGUUGGACACCCGAACAUGCACGGUGACAGUGAGUGGUCGAAGGGCACAAACACUCUUGAUGAGGAUUGCGUCCAAUGCCCCCAAACGAGUACAACCUAUGGACACCACUAUCCCAAGAGAUCUGUGCCCUAUCUGUUUGGAUGAGGUGACAGAACCCCAAGCGCUACCCUGCAAACACCGGCCUUGUAGGUCUUGCCUCACGCGCUAUCUCUCAUCUGCCACUCAAUCCGAAGCCUCUUUCCCCCUUCGAUGUUUCGGUGACGAAGGCAAGUGCAAUGCUCGUAUUCCUCUCCCGAUGAUCCGUCGUCUCCUCAACCAUGACCAGCUUCUAUCUGCACUAAAUCGCAGCUUUGAGCUCUAUCUCCACUCUCGACCUCAAGAGUACCGAUACUGUCCGACUAGUGAUUGCCCUCAGAUCUAUCGCGUCCGACCGAAAUCAGACACCCCCGAAUUACCAGAGGUCUGCAUCAGCUGUCUUGCCAGGUAUUGUCCAGCAUGCUCCUACGAGGGGGGUCACGGCGGAUAUACCUGCGACGAGCACCAAGAGCGAAUGGAGCUUGAAAAGGAAGAAGAGAAGCAAAUUGUAGAAGGGUGGGUGAGGAACAUGGGCGGCCGGAGUUGUCCCAAGUGCAGUAUGGGCUUGCUUAAAGAUGGGGGUUGCGCUCAUGUGCAGUGUGCACGAUGCAAAGUUCACAUUUGCUGGACUUGUGGUAAAGCAUUUGAGCAAGUGGCUGACGAGAGCGUGUACGAACACAUGCGGCGCGAGCAUGGCAGCAUUGGCCUCAUCGACCCGGACCUUCGUAACUGGAAUGAAGAUGAUGUGGUUCGCGAAUUAGAACCGACUCCUGCUGCUCCCCAGACGCCGCCUAGAUUGCAACAAAGAGGUGCCACAUCACGUUCACGAAGAAAUACCGGUGCACAAUCAUUAGCCUCUUCUGCCGGCUCUUCUAGAGCUAGCACGAGUACUCAAGGAAGAGGGCAGCGGAACACUGGCAAAGGUCGAGCUGGUGGAAGGAGACAUGAACAUAUCUACCGUUCCAGUUCGAAUCGUCAAGAGAACGGAAGAGAUAGCUGGUCAGAAGAUGAGGACGAUGAAUUCGACAACACACAAUGGGAUUAUGACUUUGCCGACAUGGAUUGGGAGUCAAUGGUGUAG